AUGCCCGCCACCGCUGGACGCGUGCCCAUGCCUGCGGGCAACAGGGUGGUCACGGGGAACGCCCUGAAGGUGUCCGAUCGUUGGUCCUCCAUCGUCGGCUCUGAUCCUUACGCGAGCGAGAAGAAGGAGGACGGGGACGUGAUGGAGAAGCUCUGGGCGGACCAGCGUCUGCACGGGAACAAACGCAAAAUUGGCACCGACGAGCGCGGGAUGCCGAUAUUUGAGAUGCUGAACGGCGCCGAGAAGAGGGAGAAGAGGAAGGGAGACGCCAUGGCCGCGAGGGAGAGGGAGUACCAGCUCAUGCAGGAGAAGAAGAGGAGGAUGGACGAGGUGAGGGCGGCGGAGCAGGAGCUGGCAGAGGCGAGCCACAAGGCGAGCAAGAAGCACAAGAAAGACAAGAAGGAUAAGAAGGACAAAAAGAAAAAAAAGAAAAAGGAUAAGAAGGAGAAGAAGGAGAAGAAGAAGAAACACAAGAAGGAGAAGAAGAGCAGGCGGGACAGGUCGUCCAGUGACUCCAGCAGUGACUCGAGCAGCGACGACGAAUCUGACACGGAGGACUCCACCGAGAAGUUCCGCCUCUCCGGUUUCUUCAAGUCCAAGGAAUGA